UGUAAAGUUCGAGUUCUUCGCCCUUUUGUUUGUCGGUUGUGUUUUCCAACACGAAAUCCUUUUCAUUUGUUUCUCCCAAAACAAACAAACCUUUGAUUUCAGUUCUUCCUCAAUUCAACUUCAACAAGAGGAUUCUGCUGUUUUCUUCUACCCACCCUUUUAAUUUCUCUCAUCAGUUCACACAAAGACACAGCACCCAUUUAUGGCCAGCGUUGAAUGGAUAGAUAGGAUAAUAUCUGAAGGGGCCGUUCCACUUCUUGAGCCAGACAAUUGUUCAAACGGUUGGGCUACACCUCCUGGUGAUGUAUUCAUGGUCAGAGGCCCUGAGUAUUUUAAGACAAGGGUUAAGAUUCCUGCUGGUGAUUAUCUGCUGAAGCCUCUUGGUUUUGAUUGGAUAAAAAGUUCUGUGAAAAUUGGGGAGAUAUUAGACGAUCCAAAUAGUAGAGUUAGGAAGGUCAUAGAUGAUGAGUUUCCAGCAGCUGAAAAACCCUUUGUAUGGGCCUUCAAUAUUCAAGUUCCAAACAAGGAUAACUAUAGUGCCAUUGCUUAUUUUACAACCAAAGAGAGAGUUCUUGAGGAUUCCCUAGUGGACAAAUUUCUGAAGGGUGACAAUGCAUUCAGAAACUCAAGACUAAAGCUGAUUGCCAACAUUGUAAAAGGUCCUUGGAUUGUUAGAAAAGCUGUUGGAGAACAGGCUAUUUGUGUGAUUGGGCGUGCCCUUUCGUGUAAAUAUUGCACAGGAGAGAAUUUCAUUGAAGUAGAUAUUGAUAUAGGAUCUUCCAUGGUUGCAAGUGCAAUAGUUCAUUUGGCAUUUGGUUAUAUUUCAACUCUGACUGUUGACUUGGCUUUUCUUAUUGAGAGCCAAGAUGAAUCAGAGCUUCCUGAAAAAAUUUUAGGUGCUUUCAGAUUUUCUGAUCUUGAUCCUGCUUCAGCUAGAUCAGUUGAACCAUCAUCUGCUUUGAACUGUGACGAUGUACAAACAUCUUUACCUACUAGAUUGUGGAAGUCAAUUGGACAGGGCUUUUCCCAUAUUCUUCAUUCAGGUCCUCAGGAAGAUGGUUCCUCUUCUGAUUCACAACAUGCUAAAAUUGUAGCAGAUCACAAAGAUAAUACAACUGAAGUAAAAAACUGAUAUAUUGGAGGAAUUGAAAGGGUGUGGAGUUCCAUUUGAGAUGAUUAUUCUUUUAGCCAUUUUUUUAUUAUUCAGUUCAUAGCAUCUGUUGUAUUACUUGAUUCUUUCCUAUGUCAGUAUUUUGUAAUACUACAGAAACUUAGAAACCUUAAGAGUGGCUACAUUUUUUUAGCUGGACUGUUAUGUAUAUCUUUUAAAGUAAAUUCUACUGUUUAUAGUUGAUGGGUUAGUCGUUAUGCUA